GGAGAUACUGAGAUAGGGCGAGAUAGGAGGUGAAGGGGGUUACGAGGCGGAGGACAGAGCUCUCCCUCGUCGUGGGUGACGGUGGUACAGAUGGGUGCGUCUCUCCCUGGCUCGAGCCGGCAGCACAAGCGGUCACCCUAAUGCAGCCUGACAUCCAGCUGCGAAUGACACUCGGCUAACACUGGCACCAUGCUCCCCCGAAACAUGCGAACAGGUGGCUGUGACCUUCCGGGCGUGGAGUCAAGCGAAGUGCCUCUCAUUGGCUACCGGCCCUUGUCACCUGACAGCAACACCAACCAAUACGGGAGGGGAAGCAGCAGGGAUGAGCUGGACACUUCACAGGCAGAGCCCUCCCCAAUGAAGACCACCUGGUACUGUCCUCUGGAUCUGUCCACUGUGGUGGAGGAAGAGGAGGAUGGAGUGAUCUACACAGUGGUGGUCAAACAGCAGCAUGGGGCACUCAAUAAUCCAUUGUCAUCAGUUACUCGCUCCCAGUGUGUGAAAGCAGGGACAGAGGAAAAGCUGGUGCUCCACCUCCUUCACUCCUUCUCUAUGGGAGAUUCCUCCUUCAUCACCAUCUUCCUCUCCACAUAUCGAUCCUUCACUUCCACACGCAGAGUGCUGGACAUCCUCACAGACAGAUUGGAGACUCCGCCGGGGGACAACGAGAAGAGCCAGAUCAGACAAUCUUUCAACCAGGCGGUGUGCACAGUGUUCAGAAUGUGGCUCUCGGAGUACCCUGAAGACUUUAAGGGUCUGGGGGAGCCCUCUCGCCUGCUGCGUCUGGCUCCCCUCUUCCCUCAGGACUCCUCAUCUGCAGCUGACCUCCGCGCUCGGCUCCUCAGGAUAGCCGAGGAGCUCAGCGAGAAAGCCCUGCUUCCUGAUGCCCAGAAAGAUCCGACCGGUUUCACCAGCUCCACUCCUCCAAACGCCUCCAAGUUUGAACCCACCAGUGUCCUGGGCUUCCCCGCAGCGCUCAUCGCCGAGCAGCUCACCAAAAUAGAGACGGAGUUAUUUGUCCGUCUGGUCCCGUACCACUGCCUGGGCUCACUGUGGUCUCAGAGGGAUAAAAAAGGGAGAGAAGGGGUUUGUUGGUCUGUCCGGGCCACCAUACGUCAGUUCAACAAAUUGGCUAAUGCAGUUUUAGCUUCCUGCCUUUGGCCUACAAAGCUGCGCAGCCAGCAGAGAGCCCGACUGCUGGAAAAAUGGAUCGGAGUGGCAGAGGAGUGCCGAGCCAGGAAGAACUUCUCCUCGCUGUACGCCGUCGUGUCGGCCCUGCAGAGUAACCCCAUCCACCGGCUCCGGAGGACGUGGCAGGAAACGGACAGGGAGGCAAUGAAGAGAUACGAGGAGCUGUCAGAGAUAUUCUCAGACAAGGACAACUAUGCACAAAGCAGAGAGCUCUUGAAGGAGGAGGGCACGUCAAAGUUCGCCAACAUCGAUACCAGACUCAACCACAGACACAUAAACCGGACUAACGCCCAGGGCACUGUGCCCUACCUGGGAAUCUUCCUCACAGACCUCACCAUGCUGGACACGGCGGUCAAAGACAGGCUGGAUAACGGCUACAUCAACUUUGACAAGAGGAGACGGGAGUUUGAGGUUUUAGCCCAAAUCCGGCUCCUGCAGUCUUCCUGCAAAAAUUGUGUUUUCACCGCUGACGAGGCCUUCACACAAUGGUAUCAGAGCGUCCCCACACUAACAGAGGAGGAGAGCUAUAGACUGUCCAGUGAAAUAGAAGCGCCUAGCGAGCCGAGCCCCCGUUGCCUUAUGCCGACAGUCAUCAUCACACAGUGCCCAGACCUCAGUACCUCCCGGACCAGCCUGCAUGGUGACAGCGACAGCCUCUUUGACUUCCCUUCCCCGGUAAACAACCUGCUGUCAAAACUCACAAAGCACAUGAGAUCUCCAUCUGUGUCCUGUCUGGAUGUCGACACGUCUCCCCCGACUAACGACUCCACCCCUGCCACGCUGACUCCAUCCAGUCCCACAAAAUCACACCGCCGAUCAGCCUCCUGCGGCAACAACCCCCCUAAUAAUGUCCAAGGAUCAGGGCCCGACAUGCGAAUCAUCAGGAUACGGAUGGACCUGCACGAUGGAAACCUGUACCGAAGCAUUCUGGUUACGAGCAAUGACAAGACCCCCACUGUGAUCAGCUCUGCCUUAGAAAAGCACAAUCAGGACCCCAAACAGGCACCCAAAUACGAGCUGAUCCAGCUUCAGCCUGAAGGAAAAGAGCUAGUCAUCCCUGCAACAGGAAACGUCUUCUACGCCAUGACGUCAUCCAGCGUCGACUUCCUGUUGAGAAAGAAAGGCGGAAACACUCCUCUGGGCUCACAGCCAAUCAACACAGAGACGAGCGCCACUUUUCCUCGAAUCAAGGCCAAGGGGAGGAGACUGGUCCGGACUUUAUUUUGACACCAGACUUUCCUCGACUGAACUUUGUCCGCAGUUUUUUUUUUCAUGGAGUUCUGACAUGAAUGCAGGGCGAGCUCUUACUAACAGCAAUCGUGGCCUUCUCUGUGCAAAAAAAUAAACAAUCUGCAUAUGCCUUUCUUCCACGCUCCUGCAAAGCUUCCUCCAAGACUCCAUGGCAGGUUUUGUCCAACCCUUAAGACCUCCAGCUGCCCUGCUGUGUUCACCAGAGGAAUCUGCUGCUGAAGAGCGGUGACACUUUUCCUCUUUUAGGAAAAAAUAUGCAUGACUGAUUUACACCAAGAGGAGGAGCAACGGGAAAACCUGUAACAGACGACUUUUGGUGCUGGCUCUUCAUUUUCAUUCAGGUUGCACUUGAAGCAUUUAUUUCAUUCCAACUCAAUGAAUAAGAUCUCCUUUAAUUCCUUGUCUUUACGAGGACAUUCCUUGUUGUUGCGUGCCUGAGUUGUAAGUGACGCUUCCAAAUGUUAAGAAAUAGGAAUCUGUGGUCACCCAGGACACAGUGGAAAGCUGAAGAACAGUGUUUUUGUAAAGAGAGAAGUAUAUUUCAAUCUGAAUAUACAAAUCUGUCAGAUCUAGUUAUGGUAAAAAAAAGCAAACUAGCACACAAGAGAGAGACUUAAAGACGCAGUGCGAGUGCAUUAUUGUAGCAAAACACUGGAGCUUGUCAAAAGAGACUUUUUGUAUAUAUUAAUAUAUAUUUGUACACGUGAAUGAUGUCAACAUUGUGUUUACACUGACGAGGAGCUGGAUGUGUCCAAUAACUAAUUAACAAGGAAAACAGCUGAAAAAAAACCUGCAAGAUUCUGACUAAGAAAGACGCCAGCAUGUGUCGACAAACCGCGAGCAUUUACUCGGCUUAACCUCCAGCAGAUAUUCAUCACAACACAGACUUAAAGAUGCAUUAAUCACCAUUAUUGCAAAUAAUGAUUUGAAUUAUGAUUUAAAUUAUCAAAGGAAGACAAAAAAAAGUAGAGAUCAACUCUGCAGCUCGACAGAUCAUUUAUGCUAAUUUAAGCUAACCGUUUAUCUUUCAGGGUUUAUUGAAAUGUACCGAGGGGUUUGUUCAGACCACUCUCAGGAGUUGUUAGAGACAAAACAAGAUCUUAAAGGAAAAAUAAACUUGCACUUAUUUUAUCAGAUGGACAGACAAACAACUAAAUAUUUAAUUUUUUAGCCUCAUUUGCAUGUAGGCAGCUAUUUGCUAACGCAUUAGCAGUAACCUCUUAAAAGGCGGGAAAUAUAUCGUUUUUCUGACCCCUAGUGGCCAUAAGUGGAUGAUUGCAGCUUUAAAAACACUCAACAGCACUUUAAAGCUUUUUUUUGCGUCGCCUCAGAGCAGAGAGGAAAAUCUAAAUAACACCUUUAUUAUUAAGUUUAAAGUUACCAGGUCUAAAUGUUUUUUAACAGGGCAUAAGCUAAACUUAUUUAAUGACCCACAGCUCAGCAGGACACAUCUUCACUGCUUUUUUAUAUACAGUAUGUAUGUAAUGAAUUCAAAGGGUUAACUUCAGUGUGAAUCAUGCAACCUCUUUGGAUAUGUUGUGGACUAGGAUGAAGUCCGGUGACCUCUGGUUGAGACCGGCUCAGUGCUGGUGAGGCUUCCUGCAGGCUGAAGCACGAGCGCCGAUCGACCGGGGAGAGGAUUCUUCAGAUAACGUGUGCUCGAGUUAUUCCAUGUUACUGAGUGUUUUAGUGCCUUUUUCUCUGACGGAUGCUAAUCUUACCCAUGUUUGCAUUAGAAUGUAUUCAGUAUACACAUUGAGAAGAUGCAGUCAUGUCGGCGCUGUGUUGUCUCUUAUCAAAGCUGUUUAUGCACUACACACAGGAUGUCCUAUUUUUGUGGUAAUAAAUUUACUUUUAUAUGAA